AAGUUUUCAGUUCAAGGUCUUUUGGAGAAAAAAAUGUGUUCUAAUGCUUUUGUUAAUGGAACUUUGGUAAUAUUCCCUUUGGAACCACAAGAUUAUCACCAUUUCCAUGUUCUAGUAUCAGGAACUAUUGAGCAAUUUGUUGACAUCCCUGGAUGCUUAUAUACGGUCAAUCCAAUUGCUGUAAAUAGCAAGUACUGUAUUGUAUUCACGGAGAAUAAGCAAGUUGUUUCAAUAAUUUCUACUGUAGAUUUUAGAAAGGUGGUAUUUGUUGUAAUAGGAGCUACUAUGGUCGGCAGCAUUACUUUUACAAGGAAAAUGGGUGAUUAUGUCAAAAAGGGAGAUGAGCUACAGGUCUUCUUGCAGAAGGGAAAAAGAGUCGGCGAAGGCCGAAGAAGCAUGGGCCCUCGCUUUCUGUCUUCAUAUUUCUAUAUCUGCACAGGUGUUUUCAAUUUUGAAUACUUUGGCAUAUCUGCUGAGGCGUAG